UCACGGGCCAUAGCCCGGUGCCCCGCGGCUCGGCAUGAAUGGGUCCGCCCAAUCAUUGGAGCGGAGCAUGAUUGGGAGCCUGAUAUUUUACGGGCUUUACCCGUUAACACGGCUUAUAAACUGCGUCACAGUACCCUUGAAAAAGGGUCCCUCUGUGUCCAUUAAUGGCAAGAAGGUGUGGGAUGGUGAAGUCCCUAACAAAAGAUUUACUAAAACGCAGGCAGGCCUGCUGGAUCCGUGUUUCAGUACAAGCAGCAGGCCCCCAAAGGCCAAGAAGGAUCCCGGUGCACGAGAAAAGGAGAAGAGUAAAGGGGCGGAGAUGAAGAAAAGCACUGUGAAAGAGUUGAUGGGGUCUGAACCAGAGAAAGACAGGAAAGAGCCUGUAUUAGUAACUCUGGAGAUUCGGCUGCUUGGUGGAGUGAAGGAAGAGGAGCCAGAGGUGAGAGACGGCGUGGAGGAGGACGGGGUCAGAGAGGAAGGUCAAAAGCACCAGGAGCAGACUAUCCUCUACUCAGAGAAGCUCAUGAGGGAUGAUGGCGUGCAGGAGGCUCCCUGUUCUCCCACAGAGGAGUCUGAGAACAGUAACCUAGCGCUGGAGCUAACAGAGACAUCUGAAGUACAGAAUCCAUCAGUCAAGGACAGCAGGACAACAGACGAUAAAGCGAUGGUCCAUGUCCUGUUAGAACAGAUAGUGGAAAAGAUGAGCGUGGGAGAGUCAGUAACCAAUGCCCAGGUGCAAAAACCGGAGUGGGAGAGCCAGACUGCAGCAGGACUAGACUUGAGCUAUUUUGUAGACCCACAUGCAAGCACUAGUGAAGUGCCUGCUGAGAUAUGGGAUCCUGGGCUGGACCUGGUCUCCCUUCUCUGUGAGGCAGAGGCCCAGACACAGCCAUGGGAGAGUAGGGCUCAGCCCCCACCCAAGGGCUGGCAUUUCCCCAUCGGCCCUGGCCUGGAAGAGGUGUUGUUCUGCCCUUCCACAGCGUUCCCAAGCAUGAGCUACUACCCACAUUCACUGGCGAGAGAGACCUUCGAAGUGGUGUGGAGGGUGUGGGAGGAACUCAGUGAAACCCACACAGCGCCAGAGCCUCCCCAGAGGACCCCCUCAGAGCCCCGGCCCCUGUUUGACUUCACUGUGAUGUCUUACAACAUCCUGGCCCAGGAUCUGCUGGAGGCCAACCAGGAGCUGUACACACACUGCCCUCUAGGGGUGUUGAGCUGGGACUACCGCUUCCCAAACCUCACACAGGAGUUCAAGAAAUGGGAACCAGAUAUCCUGUGUCUGCAAGAGGUCCAGGAGAACCACUUUACAGAGCAACUCCAUCCUGUCCUUCGUUACAUGGGCUACACCUGUGUUUACAAGCGGCGCACCGGCACCAAGACUGACGGCUGUGUGGUUUGUUACCGCGGCGACCGUUUCUCCCAGGUGUCAGAGAGUCUGCUGGAGUUCUACAGGCCAGAGUGUGAGCUGCUGGACCGAGACAACGUGGGCAUUGUCCUGCUGCUCCAGCCAAUUAUCACACAGGGGUCAGAAGUCACUGCCAAGGGCCCACCCCUCUGUGUGGCAACCACCCACCUCCUGUUCAACACCAGGAGGGGUGACGUGAAGCUGACCCAGCUUGCAAUGCUGCUAGCAGAGAUUGACUACAUCAUGAGGAACUGCAAGGUGAAGGGAGAGCACUGCAAUGUUGUUCUAUGUGGGGACUUCAAUGCUCUGCCCAACAUGCCACUGUACCAACUGAUCACGACAAGACAGCUUUACUAUCAUGGUCUACCUGCCUGGAUGAUAUCAGGUCAAGAGGACCUGUCCUACAACAUCCAUCAUAGGAGGGUAUUCGCUCCACUUUGGCCAAGCACCGUGGGCAUCGAUGACAACUGCCAGUACACAACUGUAAAUGAGCCAAAGAGUCAAGUCACGUCAACCCAGAGUCCAGAACGGAACCUGCAUUACAACCAUGGCUUCCUGCGUCGGCUGCGUUUCUGUGAGGCUGCCUGUGUCCGGCCACAGAACCUGGAGCUCAUCCCAGGGGUCACUGACAACACACCUGAUCCCGAGGACAAGCAUCCUUAUACAACAAGGUUCAGACAGACUAUCUCCCAUUACCUGAACCUGCGGUCAGCCUACGGCCACUUCAUACCUGGAACAGACCGUGCUGAGGUGACCACGCUGCACUCCGAGGUUGGAGCUACGGUCGACUACAUCUUCUACUCUCCAAGGCGUGGCAUUUCUAGUGCUGAUCAGAAAGGUGGAGGUCAACGGCAGAGCGAAGGUCUGAAGCUGCUUGGUCGUCUCUCCCUCCUACCAGAGGAGGACCUCUGGUCAAUGAACGGUUUACCCAAUGAAAUGUUCCCUUCAGACCACCUCAGUCUCCUGGCCAAGUUCCAGCUGGACCUGAACCCUGUGUGAUUUGGGCUGUCUAUGGUCAAUGAAGAAUCAGGAGGACAGAGGUCAAGCAUUUAAACAUUUUUGUUCAAACCUUACAUGAUUUGCCCAUGGCACAAUUCCAUGUUUAAAAGUAAAUACUUGUACUUACUUGGUUCCUGGGGCUCACAGACAGUUUUGAGUCCCAUCUAAUACUCUGCUUGUUUCCUACCUGAAGAAAAACUACUCAGCCCAAUUUCCAGAGGAGAUGGGAUGUCCUCUGAAUGAUCAUUUUUGUUUACAUGUAUAGAGAAAAAAAAUAACCUAAAAGGUUAGAUUCAGUUAGAGUUUAUUUGACAAAUGUUCUUACUGUUAAGAUAUGAAUACAAGAAGAUUUUAGAUGUAAAAAAAAAAAUUAUGGGGAUUUUGUUUGCUCCGUUUUCACAAUCUGUUACACUAGUAAAUUGGAACAUUUGUCUUAAAACAUUUACAAACUGUGAAAUAAUUGAAUGUCAAUGUUUUCUAUAUAUUUUGUGUUGUUUUUCCCCUUAUCCUCUGGCUUUGGGCCAGUCAGUAUUAUUUGUUCAAAUGGUAGAAAUCUUGAAUAAAUCUAACAAUAGCUUGGCAGUCUAA